UUUAAUAGCAGGUUUGAAUAAAAAGUUUUGUGGAAAUUCUGCUUGAUAUAAAAGUCUUCUAAUCUCAUGACUUCUGUCGGUUUAUCUACUGUAGAUGCUGCUAUUUUGGAGAGCAGCCUAUCUCCAGCAGAUCUGGUUCAGUUUCAGGGAUGCAUCUUUCCUCCACUCACUCCUCAGAGGCAGCAGGAGAUUUCCAUAGAAACCGGAAACUUUCAUGCUGAGGAUGGAGCUUUUUACUGGGAGAACAUGGCCGACUGUCACGGACAGGCACUGGGAAAGGCUAUGGUUGUUAACAAUGAGCUUCACCAGACUUUUCACAAGCAACAGGAGGAGCUGGACAGCUUGGAAGAGAGGAACCUUCACCUCAAGGAGCUCGCCAGUCGAGCAAAGCACCUGUCUCUGGUGUUGGAGAAACUGAUGACAGUCAGAGAACUCCACAUGGAAGAAGCGGUGACGCCGUGCAUUGAUGCCCCUCAGGGUUCCAGUAAGCGUCAGCGACUGAAUGAAGAUUCCUUUGAUUCGGUGGAGGACAUGCUGAGGGACAUCAGCUCCCGCUGCAACGCUGUCCUGCUCACCAGCUCCACAGCACCAAGACUGCCACACCAAUCAGAGGCCAUACGCGUGUUCGGCUCCUUCUCAGGUAUCCAGAUGUCUACAUUCAGCUCAGCUGUAGAUGGAGCUCAGGCUGAAGAGUGCGUCUCCUCGUUCAAAACCUCCGUCAGAGAACACGGCACCAUACGGACCAAAGUUUUUCCACACGGACACGCGUUCACCUCGAAGACCCAGCAGGGAGGAUACCGCUUUCGCUGGGUACCAAACCACAGCUGAGCUUCUGUUAAUGCUUAACUGUGAAUCUAUAGUCAAAUCAGUAAAUGAUUAAAUGAUGCUUUUCUCAGGUAGCUUGAGGAUCAGCCAGAGGUGGAACCUAACGAUGGAUUUAUACUGCCUUCACUUGCCUUUACAAUGUGAUUUUCUACACAAUUUAAUUGUUGAUUAUUUUUUAUACUUAUGU